ACACUCGUUUCCUCUUCACCACACUUUACCCUAUUCUUCCUGUUUCUGUCUGAUUCGGCGCAUCCAUUUCCAUUCUUCAAAACCCAAAACACCUUGUUUUGAUUUCAAAUCUCAUUCAUGGACUUCCACACCCUCUCAAGAAAGGAGCUUCAAGCCCUAUGCAAGAAGAACAAGAUUCCAGCCAACAUCACCAAUCUUGCCAUGGCUGAUGCUCUCUCAUCUCUUCCCCAAGUUGAAGGAUUGGAUGAGAUUUUGAAUCCAAGUGAAGGUGAUUUUGGUACCCCAGCUGUUCAACCUCGUACAGCUUCUAGAACUACAACUCAAAGGAAAACAGUCAACCGUGGAGCAAGAGUAGGAGUUGCUGCAGGAGAUGUUGAGCAAGAGAACAAAGAUGCUAAUGUUCCAGUCACUCCUGCUGUUGUGCCAAGUAGCAGGAGAAGGGUCCCUGUAGUUUCUACUCACAGAAAGAAGGAAGUGACUGGGCUGGAUGACAAUAGUGAUGAUGGUAAGAGUGAGGUCCAAGGAAAGCCAGUGGAUGUGGCUAAAACUCCUGCUGUAGCUCCUAGGAGUAGGGCUAGAGGUGCUGGCCGUUCGGUUUGCAACAAAAAUGAGAUCCCUGAUGGCACUUCAGUGCAGAAAGCAGCAUAUAGCACCAGGAGGUCCGUGAGAUUGUUGGGAAAGACCUUGUCAAAGAUGAGUCUAGUCGAGACUGAGGACACGGGACUGACCAAGAAUGAUGAUGUUUCUGAAGAAGUGAGUGGUGUAUCAGAGCAUAUAGAGGACUCAUUUGACACUGAUAAUGGGGCUAUUUCACAAACAGAAUCAAAUGUGGUUUCUCAGAUCACUGAUGAAGGGGAAGUUUCCUCUCUAAAUAAAGCUGACUGUGAAAUUCAGUCACAAGAUUCGGAUUUAGAAGCGAAAGUAGUUUCUGAGACAGAACGUGAUGCAGAGGAUAUGUUGCUGGUUGAACCAGCAGAGGAGUGUUCAGAAAAAGUUAGUGAUGUGGAGGCUGCACAAGACCCAGAAAGUGAUGCAGAUGAUGUGUUGCAGGCUGAGCCAGAAGAGGAGGGUUCAGAGCAAGUCAAUGAUGUGGAGGCUGCACAUGUCCCAAGUUCAAACCUGCAAGACAGUUUUGAGACUUUUGUUGAUUCAAAAGAAACAGGAUCUGAGCAGCCUGAACUGGAGGAAUCUUGUGAUUCUGCUGAGCAACACCAAGAUAUGGAGUUUGCUGCAUCUGAAGAGGUUUCUAUAAAGAUUGCUGACCAAGCUAUUGCCCCUUUAACUGGGGUGGUACCUGAUGUUGCUUGUGUGGAUGUUCCUGACAAAGACGAUGUCACUGGCUUAUCUGAAGAGGCUUGUAUGGAGAUUGUUGACCAAGCUAUUUCUCCUUUGACUGUUGUGGGACCUGAUGUUGCUUGUGUGGAUCUUCCUGACCAAGAAGAUGUCGCUGGCUUGUCUGUUGAGGCAUCUGAAGAGGCUUCUAAGGAGACUGUUCACCAAGCUUCCCCUCUGAAUGUUGUGGUAUCUGAUGAUGCAUGUGUGAAUGACCCUGAACAAGAUGUUGCUGACAUGCCUGUUAUGGUAUCUGAAGAGGCUGCUGACGAAGCUAUUACCCCUCUUACUGUUGUUGUAGCUGAUGAUGCUUGUGUGAAUGAUCCUGACCAAGUUGUUGCUGAUGUGUCUGUUAUGGUAUCUGAAGAGGCUUCUAUGGAGGCUGCUGACCAAGCUAUUGCCCCUCUCACUGGUGUGGUGUCUGAUGCAGCUAUGGAGAUUUCUUCUGAGGAGCAUCUAGCUGAAAAUGAGGUCCCCAUCCAAUCCAAUGCAGAUGAAAAAGAAAGCAGUGAAGUUGAUAAGGUUAUUCUACAACUUUCAAAGCUGGAUGUAGCUCAAAUCAAUGAUCAGAAGAAGGAUGGUAUGGGCAAUACUAAUAUGAUGAAGGAAAACUUGAAAACCAUUGAUGUUAAGAACAUAAGUAUUCGAGGUCUCAAAAAGAUGAUCAAGACAAAGAUAGAUGGAAAAUUAAACAUGACUGAUAAGGAUGAUGUGGAGAAGAGAAGAACCGCAUUGCAAGCACUGCAACAGAAUAUGUGAAACUCAGAUGGUUGAGUGACAUUUAGUUAUAAUAUGUAAUUUGAUACCCUAUGGAACACGAUAUCUUUGUUUGGGGGCAACAUGAUGAGGUGGAAUAUCCAAACCUUUUGUUUGGUUAUGCUUUUCUCAAAUUUACUUUGCAAAUUUUGAUGGUAUUGCAAUUGUUACAAUAAACUUUUUGUUUAAUGGUAUUUUUUGGCUCUCUCUUCAUAGCCAUUUUAGCUGCGCAUUA